CAUGGAGGGGCAGCAUGCCAGCGGCACGUGCGGAGGCUGCGCGCGAAGGGAUUCAGGCUGCAAUUUGGUCGCAGCUGGGAACUACGCUUCCCGUAGUGCUUCACGCCCUAUCGGCUAGCUCUCCCGCCUGGCGACAGCAUGGUGCACGCUGGGACUUGUAGUGUAUUAUACGGCUUAGCGCAUCCUACCUGGAAGGUGGGUCAGUUAUCUGUGCCAGUUCAGAUGCAGGCUACAGCCACCGGCCUGGUUGACCAUGGCCCUUUCUAUGGAGACCGAGUCUCACAUCUACCGAGCCCUACGCACCGCCUCCGGGGCUGCUGCCCAUCUUGUGGCCCUGGGCUUCACCAUCUUUGUGGCUGUGCUUGCCAGGCCUGGCUCCAGCCUGUUCUCCUGGCACCCCGUGCUUAUGUCUCUCGCUUUCUCCUUCCUGAUGACGGAGGCGCUGCUGGUCUUCUCUCCUGAGAGUUCCCUGCUGCGCUCCCUCUCGCGGAAGGGCCGAGCGCGCUGCCACUGGGUCCUGCAGCUGCUGGCCCUGCUGUGUGCGCUGCUGGGCCUGGGCCUCGUCGUCCUCCACAAGGAACAGCUUGGCAAAACCCACCUGGCCACAUGGCAUGGGCGGCUGGGGCUGCUGGCUGUGCUGUGGGCGGUGCUGCAGUGCUCAGGCGGGGUGGGGCUGCUCUAUCCCAAACUGCUGCCCCGAUGGCCCCUGGCCAAGCUCAAGCUGUACCAUGCCACUUCGGGGCUAGUGGGCUACCUUCUGGGUAGUGCCAGCCUCUUGUUGGGCAUGUGCUCACUCUGGUUCACUGCCACGGUCACUGGGGGAGUCUGGUACCUGGCUGUGCUGUGCCCUAUCAUUACCAGCUUGGUCAUCAUGAACCAGGUGAGCAAUGCCUACCUGUACCGCAAAAGGAUUCAGCCAUGAGCUCUUCUCAGCCCAGAGCCUGGAUCUGCCCCUCACUGUAGGAGACGGGGCCAGGACCUCCCGGACUGCCAGCUGACCAGAUCGCAGGGACACCUCCGGCACCGGAGCACUUAGGGACAGGAAGAGUCCUGUGUGUGACAUUUGCGCUUGCUCCUCACACGGGAGUGCCCCCUCCUUCCUUCCCCUGCCACCCCAGAGGAGCUCAAGGACCGUGUGUCUGGACGACGAUGGGGUUGCAAGACCGGCUCCCCAGCAACUGGACUCAUACUUGUAUCCGUAAGUCCAGAAAUUACAGAAGGAAAAACAGAAAAUAA